AUGAAUAGUAACAGCCAGAUAAGGAGCUCUAGAUUGAUCGAAGCACUGCAUGCAUAUUACUCCAAAUAUUUGGUUGUCACCAUCCGGCCAAUUCGCUACUUGGUGGAACCGUGGCAGCCAUGUUGGCCAUCCGAGGAGCUUUGGAAUUCUUUCAACACAUCCAUCGAUGGGAAGCUUCAACAACUGAAGCCAGCGGCACAUGUCUGCUACGAACCUAACUUCGAUAAGGGCGCCUGUGAUGAUCUACUACGGCUAUCAAGAGAUAGUGGAUGGAGAGCGUCACACCCAGGAGUCUUACAGGAUUGGGUAUGGGAGGCUGGUGAAUCUGCCAACGAGACUUGUCCUAUGGGGUCCUUGCAGACAGCAACUGCCGCCAAAUCUUGUCACCAGGGCCGUAUCCCUCUGUAUUCGGCCACUGUGGAGUCAGCUCAGCAAGUACAGCAGGCAGUUCGGUUUGCAAGGCGGCACAACCUCCGCCUAGUCAUUCGUAAUACUGGGCACGAUCUAGCGGGGAGAUCAAGUGCCCCAGACUCGUUUCAAAUUCACACUCAUCGUUUACAGGAGACUCAAUUCCACACCGACUUGCGGCUUAAUGGGUCAACUGCAUCCCUAGGGCCAGCAGUGACGGUUGGCGCAGGUGUAAUGAUGGGGAAUCUAUACGCUCGAGCUGCCCGCGAGGGAUACAUGGUCCUUGGUGGAGAUUGUCCGACCGUCGGAGUCGCUGGGGGCUUCCUCCAGGGAGGAGGAGUGUCAGAUUUUCUCAGCCUAAAUCAAGGGCUAGGUGUCGACAACGUUCUCGAAUAUGAGAUUGUGACAGCGGAUGGAGAGCUCUUGGUGGCUAAUACUCUCCAAAAUCAAGAGCUUUUCUGGGCGCUCCGAGGCGGUGGGGGUGGUACAUUUGGAGUUGUUACCCGAGCCACUAUGCGUGUCUUUCCGGACGUUCCUGCUGUGAUCUCUGAGGUCCUUCUUCAAGCCCCCCAAACCAACUCAUCAUCAUGGACUGAAGGCCUCUCAGUAAUACUUAAUGCUCUUCAAUCUCUUAACCGUGACGAUGUUGGUGGGCAACUGGUCAUUGCAGUACAGCCUGAGCUUGCAGUUCAGGCAAGUAUAAAGUUUUUUUUCCUGAAUUCAACAGAGACAACCAUAAUCGACGAGCGCAUGAAAUCACUCCUUACCGAUCUCAACCGCAUCGACAUUCAAUACACAUUAUCAUCCAAGGCUUUACCGCACUUUAGCUCCAACUACCGGCAGGUCCCAGAUAUUCACUCUGAUAAUGACUAUGGGGUGAUUGGAUCGACUGUGGCGAUUUCCAAAGAAUUAUUCGAUUCAUCCCAAGGGCCGCAAAAAAUUGCCAGGGCGCUUGCAAACCUACCAAUGUCUCCAGGCGAUCUUCUAUUUACUAGUAAUCUUGGUGGCCGUGUUAUUUCAAAUGGGGAAAUCGCCGAGACAUCAAUGCAUCCUGCGUGGCGUGCCGCAUCACAGCUUCUCAACUACAUACACGCAGUCGGCCCGUCUAUUGAAAGCAGAGUCAAUGCUCUUGAGAGGCUAACUAAUGUUCAGAUGCCCAUGCUUUACGCCAUUGAUCCUAAUUUUAGGCUUUCAUAUCGCAAUGUUGGGGAUCCAAAUGAGAAGGACUUCCAGCAGGUCUACUGGGGGUCAAAUUAUAAACGUCUUUCUCAAAUCAAGAAAAGAUGGGACAGUGAUGGACUCUUCUUCAGCAAACUUGGCGUGGGCAGUGAGCUGUGGGAUUCCGAAGGUAUGUGUCGGAAGAACCAGAGUGUGGUACGUCAGGCAGUGAAUUAUCUUAUGUCUUUUGCAACUUCUAUGGUAGAGGGAUAG